GGCACGCGGGGGGCAAAACAGUACCGGCCAUGGCAGCAGCGGAGGAGGAGGACGGGGGCCCCGAAGGGCCAAACCGCGAGCGGGGCGGGGCGGGCGCGACCUUCGAAUGUAAUAUAUGUCUGGAGACUGCUCGGGAAGCUGUGGUCAGUGUGUGUGGCCACCUGUACUGUUGGCCCUGUCUCCAUCAGUGGCUGGAGGCACGGCCAGAGCGGCAAGAGUGCCCAGUGUGUAAAGCUGGGAUCAGCAGAGAAAAGGUUGUCCCCCUUUAUGGGCGAGGGAGCCAGAAGCCCCGGGAUCCCAGAUUGAAAACCCCACCCCGCCCCCAGGGCCAGCGACCCGCUCCAGAGAGCAGAGGGGGAUUCCAGCCAUUUGGCGAUACUGGGGGCUUUCACUUCUCAUUUGGUGUUGGCGCUUUUCCCUUUGGCUUUUUCACCACCGUCUUCAAUACCCACGAGCCAUUCCGUCGGGGUACAGGUGUGGAUCUAGGACAGGGUCACCCGGCCUCCAGCUGGCAGGACUCCCUCUUCCUGUUUCUCGCCGUCUUCUUCUUUUUCUGGCUGCUCAGUAUUUGAGCUGUGUCUCCUUCCUGCCCACCUCCAGCCAGAGGAAAAUCAGUAUUGGGGGUCCCUGCUGACCCUUCCUUACUCCCGGACCCUCCCCUGUAAGCCCUCCAUUUUUGUUGGCUAAGGGCAACCCUGGCCACUUUCCAGGAGGGUGUGGGGAGGAGUGACACCUGUGCAUGGAAUGGGAGAACCUUUGCUCUGAACUGCUCGCUCAGUCGCAUCGUAACUCCCAGCUCUGGGAGAGGAGGACGGACUGAAGACAAGGUCUGUCUCCCCUCUCUCCUGAUCCUUUGCUUUCCCCCCCAUUUCUUGAUUUGAUGUUGAAAGGUGGGCAAGGCUCCCUCUGACUCUCCCCCAUAUUCCCCUUGUUGAUUUAAUUUAAUUUUUCUCUCCCCGGUGUCUAAUGUGGGUCCUGACUCGUAAGUGCUUCCUUCCCCUCACUACCUCCUUUAUUACAAAUUCAAUAAACAAGUUGAGAUGUA